AUGAGUCAUCAUGAUUCAUGGAAAAAGUAUUUUCAUUUUUCUUUAUCAGUCAAAACUUUUUCCGAUUUUGAUCUUGAAUUUUAUCUAUUGCAGAUUUUCUCCAACAGUAAAAUGAAUGAAUCAUCGAGUCAAACUUCCAGUAAGAGGAAAUCAGUUCUACCAACUUAUAAGAUUGGUAAAACUCUUGGACAAGGAUCUUUUGGGAAAGUGAAAUUAGCUGUGCAUAAAACUACUGGACACAACGUUGCUAUCAAAAUCCUUAAUCGUGAGAAGAUUAAGGAGAUGACAAUUGAAGCAAAAGUGGAAAGGGAGAUCAAAAUUCUCAGAUUGUUGAUGCAUCCUCAUAUCAUCCGUCAAUAUGAAGUUAUAGAGACACCAGAAGACAUUUACGUUGUCAUGGAGUAUGUUAAGUCUGGAGAACUGUUUGACUAUAUUGUAGAGAAAGGUAAAUUACAUGAAGACGAGGCUCGCUAUCUUUUUCAGCAGAUCAUAUCUGGUGUGGAGUAUUGUCACCAAAAUAAGAUCGCUCAUCGAGAUCUCAAACCGGAGAAUAUACUCUUGGAUACGAAAUGCAACAUAAAGAUCGCAGAUUUUGGAUUAAGUAAUGUCAUGCUUGAUGGUCACUUUUUGAAGACCAGUUGUGGAAGCCCUAACUAUGCUGCUCCGGAGGUUAUUUCAGGAAAACUGUAUGCGGGACCAGAAGUGGAUAUUUGGAGCUGUGGAGUGAUAUUAUACGCUCUACUAUGCGGUUAUCUUCCUUUCGAUGACGAAAGUAUGCCUAGUCUAUUCAGCAAAAUCAAGAAGGGAGAGUAUGUUCUUCCAGAUCAUUUAUCGUACGAGGCUAGAGAUUUGAUACCAAGAAUUCUUACGGUUGAUCCUAUGAUGAGAAUUAGCAUUCCUGGGAUUCGUCAACAUCGUUGGUUCGAUAGUAAACUUCCUCCUUAUCUUGCUGCUCCUCCAUUGGAUAAUACAGAACAAGCUAGAGAGAUUAAUGAGGAGAUCAUUCGAGACGUGGUCAACAUAGGGUUUGAUAGAAACCAGGUUAUGGAAUCUCUUUUUAACAGAAUCCAAAACGAGGCAACCGUUGCAUACUAUCUGUUACUGGACAGUCGACGUCGUAGUCCCAGUGACUAUUUCAAGUCCAAUGUUAAUAGGAUAUCGGGUUUUAAUUCGACGAUUCCAACUCAAGCAGUUCCUCCGUUUCCUGCAUUGGUUAAUCAUCAACUCAUGGCUGGACUAAGACCAUGGGUUAGCGCUGACAAAAAAUGGACCCUUGGACUUCAGUGUCAAGCGCGUCCUAAGGACAUAAUGAGUGCUGUUUUUAAGGCUCUUCAAGACCUUAAAGUGAGCUGGAAGCAGAUUGGAGAGUACAACAUGAAAUGCAGAUGGGUUCACAAGAGUAGUAUCUCCAAAGAGAAAUCUAACAUGAUGGAAGCUGAACUUGCGAUAAUCACACCAACCGUUCUUAAGUUUGAACUUCAGUUGUACAAAGCAAGUGAGGGAAAGUACGUGCUGGACAUCCAGAAAGCUGAUGGACCUCAAUUUCUCUUCUUGGACCUGUCCGUCUCUCUUCUCAGAGAGCUAGGUGUGAUUUGAAGCUCGAUAUCCCUUCAGAUCAUGUUUGUUCCAUGCUUCACUUCUUGGAAUCCAAUUAUGCUAUCUAUGUUUUCUGUAUUUUAGGAUUAAGCUAGCUUUGGUACUAGACCAAAAAACUAGUUAAUUUGUAUUUGUCUAUUUGUAUGAGUUUUUCUCAAAAUGCAUGUGACAAAAAACAAUAUUUCUCAAUCUAAAUUUGUAACUAUAUAUA